AUGAAGAAGUACCUUUCCAAGUGUCUUCUUGAAGCAAUAGAGAUCGACCGCCCACGUGCCUUGCGCAUGAUUGACUCGUAUCGAUCCAAAUGGCUAGAUGUAAUGGAACGCAGCACCAUCAACAACAUUGAAAGCCUUGAUGAAUAUCUUGUUUUUAGAAAUCUUAACGGCGGCAUGGAGGCUUUCUGGAGCAUGGUGGAGUUUGGCAUGGCUAUAGACAUAUCUGAAGCCGAAAAGCAGCAAAUUCAGCCACUUUUCGCGGCCGCCGAAUCAGCGCUUGUCCUAACGAACGAUUAUUGGAGUUGGGAACGAGAGUGGCGACAGGCCCAACAGGCCAAAGACCCAAGAAUCGUCAAUGCUGUAUAUCUGUUUAUGAAAACCGAAGGCAUCGCAGUUGACCAAGCAAGAGAAGUGGUGCGCAACCGAAUCCUAGCUUACGAGGCCGACUUUUUACGUCUCAAGACCGAAUUCUUUGCACAGAACCCCAACAUCUCCGCACACCUCAAAAAAUACGUUGAAGUCUGUGGUGUUAUCACGGCCGGCAAUCACUACUGGUGUGCGAAUUGCCCCCGGCACAAUUCCUGGCGCAAUGGAAACGCUUCCCCUGUCAAACGAAGCUUUUCUUUCUCGACCAGUGACACCAUUUCUGACAAUUGCACUUUGUCGCCGGCCCCUGCUAGUUCAAGCUCCAUAUCGCACACGUCGUCGCCCACAACCGACUUGACACUAUCAGAAGUUAUCGGCUUCACCAUUCUCACUAGCGAUGAUCAAAAACCCCUAAAGCUCAGCGACAGUGCCCUGGAAGCGCCGCAGCAUUAUAUUCGCUCGAUGCCAUCCAAGGGCUUAAGGCGAUCGCUGGCCGAAGCACUCAAUCAAUGGCUGGUUGUGGAUGAUGUUUCACUCGAUCAGAUUACGAAUAUCAUAGAUCUGCUGCACAACUCAUCGCUCAUUCUAGAUGACAUUGAAGACGAGUCGCCGCUUCGUAGAGGCUUACCAGCGACCCACAUGGUAUUUGGUAGGGCUCAGUCUAUUAACAGCGCAAACUUCAUGUUCGUGCAAGCCGCUCAGCUCGCCCGGGCGCUGGAAAAUCCAGCUUGCCUCGAAACCUUCCUUGCGGAGCUAAAAUGUUUGUUCGUCGGUCAGAGUUGGGACCUCUACUGGAAGUUUCAUUUGCAAAUCCCAACGGAGCAUGAGUAUUGCGAAAUGGUUGACAGCAAGACCGGUGCCAUGUUCCGGCUACUCACAAAAUUGAUGUUUCACUCGAGAUCUGUGCUCGCAACUGACAAGGUGGCGCAGCUCUUGGGUGAAAUGUGCGACCUGUUUGGCAGAUUCUUCCAGAUCAGAGAUGACUUUAUGAAUCUCAAUUCAGCCGAGUACUCGGAUCUCAAGGGAUUCUGCGAGGACUUGGAUGAGGGGAAGAUGUCUUACCCUGUGAUUCUAGCUUUGCGACAGAACCAAGAACACCGGGACCAGCUCAUGGGCAUCUUCAAGCAACAGGCAAUGAAUUCUGCCAGAGGAGCCUCGAAUGAGCCUGUGCGUCUCCCGCUCGAGACGAAGCGCUACAUUUUGAAGCUUUUGAAGAGCUCGGGUGCUAUGAACCUGACAUUGAAAAAACUACAAGAGCUCGAGGCUGCUUUAGAGAAUACGAUUGAUGUUUUGGAGAAAAGGUUUGGAGAGAUGAACCCAGUUAUGCGGGUUCUUCUGAGUAGAUUGAGUGUUCGCGAUGUCGCUCUGUAG